CAAAAUUAUUAUGAGUUAGUAAAAGCAACCAUUGGACCCAAAAGACUCUGUUUUGAAUAUUUCAUUAAAGAAAUCCUCAGGCUAAUUUAUUUUCUUAUCAAAAAUCUUCUUGAAUAAAUUUGGAUAGGUUGAUUUGCAUGGUUUAGGUGAGGCAACCAAGACUGUAGCUGCAGUUGCAGAAACACUUUAAAGAAAGGUAAAAUAGAUAUUAAAUUUAAGUAAUAUGCUACAAUAAAGAAAAUUGAGACCUAAACAUAUACACCAGAACAAGGUGGAAAAAAAAUAAAAUUGAUUGCCAAAUUAGAAAUAACAGAAGAAGGAAAAACAUUAAUUGAACAAGAAUUGUAAAGAAAACAACCAGAAAAAAAAUAAGAAUAAUAAGAUUGGUGAAUAUAAUAAAAUAUAUUUUAAUAGAAAGAGGAAAGUGU